AUGCUUGCCCACCUGGUGCGAGCGUGUCUCGCUACGUCGCUGCUGGUCCAGCCCCUGCAUGCAAGUGUCAUCCCUGCUCGCAGACAGUCCACCUCCAUCACCUUCAAGUCUACCGGCAACCCCAUCUUGGCCGACGGCUCCGUCUACUCCGCCGACCCGGCCCCGCUGGUCGUCAAUGACACCCUCUACAUUAUCUCCGGCCGGGAUGUCUCCGCCUCCUGGGACAACAGCUUCAACAUGAACCAGUGGCAGAUCUUCGAGUCCAAGAACCCUGACCCUGCCGGCGCCGAGUGGACCCUGCACAGUGAUGUCGUUCAACCCGAGAAUGUGUUCUCUUGGGCCCGCUCCGGCUUCGCCUAUGCCAGUCAGAUCGUCCAGGGCCCCGACGGCAAGUUCUACUUGUACGCUCCCGUUCAGCAGGCUAGCACCAGCUCCUCCGACCCCUUCGCCAUUGGCGUCGCUGUCUCCGACAGCCCGAUUGGCCCCUUCAAGGAUGCCCACCCCAGCGGCCCCAUCAUCUCCCAGACCGUCCCGGCUCCCGGUAACGACAUCCAGAACAUCGACCCCACCGUCAUGGUCGACACCGACGGCAAGGUGUACAUUUACUUCGGCACCUUUGGUAGCCUCAAGGGCUACGAGCUCGACAAGGACAUGGUCACCAUCAAGGGUGAAGUCGUCAACGUCAACUCUCUGACCGGCUUCUUCGAAGCUCCCUGGCUCAUGAAGCGCGACGACACCUACUACAUGCUCUACGCCGCCAACAACGCUGGCGAAGACUCUCCCUGCACCCCCACCAGCUACCACGCCUGCCUCGCCUACGGCACCGCCGAGAGCCCUCUGGGCCCCUGGACCUUCCGCGGCGUUUUCGUCGACAUUGUCUCCUCUACCACCUCCCACCCGGGAGCUUACAAGCUCAGCAACGGCGAAUGGGGCCUGACCUACCACACGCGCGACGCCGUCGGCGGCACCCACUUCCGCCGCAGCGUCGCCAUCGACAAGCUCACCUGGGACGACUCCGUCAAGCCCGCCGCCAUCAACAAGGUCGUGCAGACCAAACGCCCCGCCGCCGCCAAGGAGCCUACCCGCAACGUCGCCCCCAAGGCCGUCGCUUCCGCUGACAAGGAGACCCCCAUCCAGUACUGGAUCAAGUCCAUCAACGACGAGCGCGUCGAGGAGUCCCCGCUGCCCCCUGACUACUGGUCCUCUUACAACGCCGAGCAGUCCCCCCAGACCAACACCCUCACUCUCACUUGGGAAAAGGCUCAGGAGCUCAACGGCGCUGCCAUCGCCUUCUUCGCUGACCAGCCUGCAGGCGCCAACGUCGGCGUCGCGCCCCCCGCCUCAUGGAAGCUCGAGUACAAGGAUGGCAACACGUGGAAGGCUGUCCAGGCUUCUGGUUCGUACCCUACUGAGGCCACAGAUACCCCGGCCGAGGUCAAAUUCUCUACCAUCUCCACCACUGGUCUCAGGGCUAUCUUGACGUCGUCUGGCAGUGGCCAGUUUGCCGGCGUUGCUGUCAAGGAGUUCUUCGCCUACGCUCCUAACGCGGCUUAA